UUUUUAUUUUCAUUACAUUUUAUUUUCAUCUUAUUUCAUUUCAUAUCAUUUAUUUAUUUGUUAUUAUACAAGGAGCUUAGGGGCGUUAACCGAGGCUCCUACUUACGUACAUUACAGUACUUCAAUGUGACACAGAUUUUUAUCUUCAUUAUCAAAUAUCGAUCUGUGGGGGAGAUUUAAUGUAUAUCUUAUUAUGCAUCACACAGCCAAAAAAGCAACACAUUUAAAUAUUGAUUUGUUUUAAUUGAGCGACACUGAAUUAACAUAAUGUAGACAGAUGUCUACUGUAAAAACACGUUUAUCGCGAAAUCUCCCUACAUUAUAUAAAACAGUUAUAUAUUUUUUAUGAUGGUUCUGAAUUUCUUCUGUGCACUAUACUGAUCUUCGAUCGUACAAGAUGGAAGCUGCAAUAUCGAUGUAAAUGAUUGAUAAAUGUAAUUUACAUAACAAACAAGCAAGUCACAGUGCAGGCGACAUUGCCUUUGAUAUCUGUCUGGAUCAAUUAACGAGCUGGAUUUUAAUAACUCGGAUCAUGGUUCAGUAGAUACAUGAGCCUUUUUUGUUCAUGUGCCAUUGCAGAAUCAAUAAAUUUGAUAUUGUUCGAUCAAAUGUGCUUCGGAGGAGUAGCGAGUGAAAACAAAGGGGAAUGGUCGAAAAAAGAUAUACGAAUCUCCGUUCACUGCUAAUCAAAACCACGUGCUGACAAGAUCACCCGAAGUUUACCAUUCUUCUUCUCAGCAUCCUGUGACUCAUCGUGGUCUUCAAUGCUCUUUGAAAACAUUGACAGACGAGGCAUUUGUGUAGAAACGUAACCUCUGGUAGAAGGAUCGCUUCACUCUGAUGUAAAUCUUUCAAGAAACGCUGGAUAUUGAUUAACAAGGGUAUAUUUGCGUAUGAGCUCCUCCGGAUGAAGGAUGAAGCAUCACUACGUGUUCAAGUACAGAUGAAAUUAUUAGGCCUAUAUAAGAAGGUGUGAAUAUAUAAUAAUACGAAGACUUAUCUGAGAUACAUCGUGAGGACCUCUGUAAUUUAUUCAUGAGGCAGAGAUUAGGUAAUUGGAGGGUUCAAACAAGGUGCGCCUGCCUUUGCCACAGUUUGCGGUGAAUUUGUGCGUAAGGUUUUUGUGUGUGAAUCCGCACUUGACCUGAAAUAUAGGUUAAAUGUCGAUUCUUCUCCUAUAUUAAACGAAAUCAAAUUGUAAUUGGACCAGAUGCUCAGCGAAUGAUAAAUUAGAUUGACGGCUGGACUCAAAGGCAAGACGGCGCGCUGGUUAUUAUUGGAGUUGCUUCUUCUGACAGUUGAAGGCAACAAGACGCACUAAAACAAUAGAUGCCUACAAUACCAAAGCAUAGUUAAUUUACGGUUAAUUUAUGAAACAGUCAAUACGCUGGUAGUUACACACAUGGAGACUGAACGGGAGAUGUACAAACAGAUUCACGAUGCGAGUUACUGUGGCCAUUACACGGGCGAGGAGGGUGCGGCGGAUACCUCUGUCAGGAGAAAUAGCGGUCACCACAGGAAUGGGCGUAGUACCACACGACUAACAAUGAAAACUUUAGCUAAUGUGAUAUAUAUAGUAGUUUUAGUGACAGAUUCAGUGAUAGGAUUGCCAGUUUCUGAUAAUCUAGAAGCGGACGCAUUGAAAUUCCUCGGGAGGUUUGGUUACAUAUCAUCGGCUCAAGCAGAGCAGGGGGCUCAAAGUCUCAUGUCCGUAGACCUUUCGGAAGCCAUAAAAAAAUUACAAAGAAUGGGUGGAAUUACGCAAACGGGUGUUCUUGACAUUCGAACACGGGAACUCAUGCAAAAGCCACGAUGUGGUGUGAAAGAUCCGGUGGGGGAAGAAGAGGGGGGUCGGAAAAAGCGAUACGUACUUGCCCCCUCUAAGUGGGACCACACGGACCUUACUUACAGAAUUGAAAACUACACCCCGGAUCUACCGUGGCAAGAAGUUCGUCGAGUAAUUGCUGACGCUUUCAAAGUUUGGAGUGACGUCACCGACCUAACGUUUACAGAAGUUAUGAAUACUAAAGCAGACAUCAUGAUCAAAUUUGCCAGCAAAUAUCAUAAAGAUGGCUAUCCGUUUGACGGAAAAGGUCUCAUUCUGGCGCACGCCUUCUUCCCGGGGAAGGACAAGGGAGGUGAUACUCAUUUUGACGAAGACGAAAAGUGGACAAUUAAUUCUAAUGGAGAAGGCGUAGACUUGUUCAUGGUUGCUGCUCACGAGUUUGGUCACGCGCUGGGACUGAGUCAUAGUAACGAGCCUAAAGCCCUGAUGUAUCCAUGGUAUCAGGGAUAUAUACCGGACUUCCAACUACCAUACGAUGAUACUUUGGGCAUUCAAGUCAUAUACGGUGGGAAGGGUCCCUAUGUAACUUUUCGCCCCCCUGCUCGCACCACUAGGCGCCCAAACACGGGAGGAUAUAGUACCUUGGCUCCUCCCCGCAAAGCUCCCAUAGAUCCAUGCAAAGGGAACUUCGACGCAAUCGCAGUCAUUCGUUCCGAGGUCUUCAUUUUUAUAGGAAAGUACUUUUGGAGAAGCCGUGAACCCAAGACCAUCUUGUCCAGUGAGCCGUCCACCAUUCACGAUUUCUGGUACGGAUUACCAGACAACGUGGAAAGCAUUGACGCUGCCUUCGAACACCCUACAAACCGCCGGAUCUACUUCUUUUCUGGAAACAGAUACUGGAUAUAUGAUGGUAACAGUCUCUCCAAUGGUCACCCCGGGUCUGGCAAGCCAAUCACAGACUUUGGAAUUCCACAAGACAUUGAGAAAAUUGAUGCUGUGUUUGUGUGGGGCUUUAACAAAAGGAUAUACCUAAUCAGUAAUGACAUGUAUUGGAAAUUCAAGGAAUCGGACGAAUACAUCGAGCCAGAUUACCCAAGAGACAUGAGCAUCUGGAAAAAUGUGCCAAUUCCUGUAGACACUGCCUUCAAGUUCCAAGAUAACACAUAUUUUCUCAAAGGCAAAGAGAUGUACAAGUUCUACGACAUGAAGAUGAGAGUGGCCCUUAACUGGCCGAAAUCAAUCGAGGACUUUUUAGGCUGCGGAGAUAGAUUCAGUGUACGCAAAUAUGACAGCAAGAAUUCCCCCGAGAAGAUUGUUAAAAAAAACAGUGCUUCCAGACGAGGGGGUUCUGCAUUUGGUUCAAUACUUGUCUUAGUAUGUUUGAUUUGUAUAGGUUUAAGCAGUAUAUGAUCAGUGCUGUUAUAGACACACCAGAAUUACCAUUAGUUAAUGUGGACUGACCAACUUAAAUAAGGACAUGGAACGCUAACAGCUUAAUCUGGCCCUGAUUGUGAUUGUAAUUACAAACUACAUAAUGUUUGUAGAGAUUUGCCACCAAGUAGAUGGGGGUGACAAAACCAACUACAUGUAUGACGUUACAAGGAAUUACUAAUUUAUUCUGUUGGCCAUAAAAACGUGCAUCUUUUAUAUUUUCUUCCAAAUGACCCAAAUUCUAAGCUGUUAGACUUGAGGAAGUAUGGGUUGCAUGCAUCAACUUCAAUCAAAUUAAGCCUAUAAUUUUUAUCUUAGAUAAAUUUCCUGAAAAUUUUAGUUUUGGAGGAAUAUGUUAAACAUCAAUGACUUUGUGAUGUCAUUUUUUGAAAACAGAACUCAGUUUGGAAAACAAUUAAUUUUAAAUUUUGUUUUAAAUACAUAGUAUUUCAACAUGGAAAUUACUGCUGUUGAGAGAAAUCAAAGAAUGCUUUAAAUCAGGGUCGGACAUCACUGCUGGGUGUUUAGUCCUUUGAAAUAUUCUCAUUUUCGUAAGAUAUAUAAUCAAAAGCGUUGGAUGAAUGUAAUGUGGAGUAGACUAUAAGACAUUGGACCAAAUUAGGAAAUCAAAAGGCCUAAAUAGAGUGAUAUAUGUUAAAUGAUGAGCUUUCUGUUUUGGAGGGUUUUUUUUAUAUUAAGCAUUUGCUACUGUUUCAAUGGUGUGUUAUGCAGGUUUGAGUGAUGUGAAGAUCCUCUAGCUAGGAACAUCGAUAAGAUCGGGAAGAUAGACAUAAGCCCUGCCAUAAUGCUACCAACAGCAAAACAUUUACGUGAAUCAGUUCCUAUUUAUAUUUUGGUGCAUUUUUUUUUUUUUACACAUUGAAUGAUGCUCAUGAUAUCCCAAAGUGUUCCAUAUGUCAUCUCAGUGUUAUUUGUACCUCAAAAAAAUAUUUCAUUUAUUGCAAAAAACAAAGUUACAUGUAACAUGCUGUGUCUGGCAUAUUGCCAAAUUCAAAUUUAGUUAACAUUUCUUCACUCAUAAUUUUUUACCAACCUAUUAUUUCUGAGAGGACAAUCCCAAAAAUGUUGGAUGUAUGUGAUAGACCUGCACGAUAAAUCUGCUGUCUGAUUAACUAAAUAGUUGAACAUUUAAUGACUACGCGCGGUCUCCGAGUAGAUACUACAUCUAAAUGUGAUCGAAAUAUCAUGGUUGUGAUUCUGUCUCUUAAUGCCUUAAUUAUAUGUUUUUUGCCAUAUCAUAUUGUUAAGUUUUACAUGUAAAAAUUCACCUCCCCCUAAUCUCUCUGUAAUGAGAAGAGAUUUGACCUCUUUUAAUUUAUUUGACAAUACAUUUAACAAUAAUCCUGUGAUAUGUACAUUUUUUUUGACAGUUUCUUUUCAUGUUUUGCUAUGCUUCACCCACUGUAGUCAAGCACAAAUCAUGUAGAGCGUUUUGAUUGGUCCAUAACUGUGCACAUUCUUACCAUGCAAACAGAUUUUAGUUAUGAGAUUUUUUUUAUAUAGGUUUUUGAUAUUUCAAAUGCGAUAUACCUUUGAGAUUUGUAGAAUUAUGUUUUCAUAAAUCCAUUUCUGAUAGAAGUGGAUUCAUUUGAGCUUCAAGAUGCUAAAAUACUCAUUCAAUGCUUUCUAGAGUAAUGUCAAUGUUUCAUGUAAAGCCCAAAGUAAAAUAAACAUUUCAAAGUCACAAUACUACACUAACACAAAAAGUCUGUAGAAAUAUACAGAUAAGAAAUCCCUACAAAAUUUAAGAAAAAUUAAAUUUUUGCAUGAUAAAAUCAUACAUUGCACUGGAAUUAAAACUAAAGAAUUCACUGCCCAUAGAAUAAUUUGUACCUGAUCUGCCCAUUAUUCAAUUUAUGAAGAAAUUAAACAUUUCACAUUUUUAUCUUCAAUUAAGUCAAGUCCCCACCACAUCAUAUGGAUCCCAGAUCUACGAAAUCCAUUUUAAACAUUGGUAUGCUACAUGUAUACGCGAAAUCACUUGCCCUUUAUUUUAGAGCACCCCUAGGUGGCACUGUUUGCAAUACCCCAUUUAAUACUCAUAACCCUGUAUUUAUUUUUGUACUGUGUAUUUAUUCACUCAUUGAGUAGUGAAUGUAAAAUGUUAAUAUCAGUCCCUAAAAUACUCAUCACUCACAAAAUAGUGCUUCUGUAAUUACAUGCUUGUAGUGCGCAGCCUGUAUUUUAUGACUUUUUAUCAUACAGCUUUUAUAUAUGACUUCCUGACAUGAUAUACAUAGUUAUAAAUAUGUAGCGCAUUUUACAUGGUAGAAAAUAUAAUUUAGUGAGCACAUUUAUACCUACAGAAACCAGUGAUACAUGUAUAUUACAAUUAGUAAUAUAUAAUAUAACAUAGACUAAUUACUCUGUCUUGCCUUUUUUGAAAAAAAAAUCAUUUUUAGCCGUUUUAUUCAUCAUCAAUAAAUUUUGUCGUUUGAUAAGGAUUCUUCCUGUCACCUGUAUUUUUUUAUUCUCUGUAUUCGCCUAGUCAUACAUUUCUUUUGUUUCCUGUCAACAAGUGAUGCAACAGUUAUUAGUUUUAUAAAAAUGACGUGGUGCUGAUAAUUAUUUGAUGUGCAAUGAUUAACUUCCGAUGUUCUAUUAAAAUGAUUGUGUCAUUCAAAGUUUUUAAUUUUCACUUGACUAUUUUUUCUUUGUGUCUGAUGUGUGUGAGUAAGAGGUUAGUGAAGAUGAUGUGUUAGAAAAUGUAUAAAACACAACCUGAGCACUUCCUAGAUGAAAAUAAACAACCACUGAUUUCUGAUAGCCUAAGUCAGGUCAAGGUGAACUGAUGUUGAUAAAACACCCGAGUACAGGUAUAUGGAUAUGUUUUUAUACAGGUAAAACAAAUGUUUUCUACAUGUGCACAGGUCACACAGCACUGAAACAAAGACAACACAUGGCUAUUUUUUGCAAUAAAUUUGGUUAUUAUAUUUUGUUCUUCAGUGACUCUGUUUUAUGCACAAAAUGUAUUUUAUUUAUGAUGCUAAUAAAUGUUGAAGCUUUCA